CCGAAUGUAAAAUCAGUGUCUUCGGCAUCUGCGAGUGUUUCCGGAAUCAGCCGAUGUUCUCCGAACCGUCCGUCCUGCCGGACUGCUGGAGGCGGCCGCAACGCCAUGUUGAGCGAAAUCUCUCUUCACACUGAAAGGGAACUUUUGAAAUAACACUUUAUUGAAAUUUAAAAUUACAAAAUCGAAGUAGGGAGGGGGACGCUGGUGAUAUUCCUUCGGACAGCAAAGCCGAACCCGGAUCCGUGGAAGCCCCCAUCGGGGAGGGGGAGAGACAACCCCCCGCCGUCCUCAUGAAGACUGAACCCCAAUAAACGUAGCUAGCUAGCUAGCUAACUAGCUAGCUUGUGUUGCAUUAAAAGGGCAUUUUAUUCGCAUCCCGGCUUGCCACCGGGAGCCGAUAAGGCCUAGUCCGGGAAGAUUCUUGUUCGCUGUAUAUUAGCUCACUCGCUAGCUAGUUAGCUAGCUAAUGUAUUUGUUAUUUUUAGGCGUCUGUGGUAAAAGUUAGCUUAUUAUCAUUAUUGUAUAUACUUAGCUGAAGAUCACGUUUAAUUUUUUUGCAAUGAGUUUGCCGCCGAAAGCGGUACCGAAGUCAGCCGCCCCCGCCGUAGGAAGUGGACCGGGAACCGGCCCGUCUCCACCGAGCUUGCUGCGGGGCACCCUGAACCCCGUGCCGCUGCCAGGACCCCCAGUAGCCCAGCAGCCGCCCUCGGUGCCGCCGCCGCAGAUCCCCCGACUGCAACCUCCGCUAGAGGAGCGACUGUACUCACGCACAGCCAGGCGUGACUGCUGUCUACAACGUGUCGCGAGCCGCCGGCCCCCCCGUACACCGCACACGACCUCACCAAAGGGCACCCUAACCUGGCAGCCACCCCCCCUGGCCACGCGGCUUCCCCAGGACUCUCUCAGCCUCCCUACCCCUCUGGACAGAAUGCUGGGCCUGCUCCGCUGGUAUAUUCUCCCCCAACGCAGCCAAUGAACGCACAGCCGCCCAAUCGCUCGUUUCCAGCUGGCCCUCGUCCUACGCACCACCAGGGAGGAUUCAGACCCAUACAGUUCUUUCAGAGGGCACAGAUGCAGCCGGCCAGACCCACCCUCCCCAGUAGCAACCCUGCCCUCCGGCCCGGAUCACAGCCUCCAGGGCCGGCUGUGUAUCCCAGCAACCAGCCCAUCAUGAUGACCAUGACACCCAUGCCCUUUCCUUCGCCACAGACUACGCAGUACUACAUCUCCCAGUAUCGCCCUCCCACCCCCUAUGUAGGGCCCCACCAGCAGUAUUCCGUGCCGCCCCAGUCGCCAAGCACGUUCUACCACAGCCCCGGGCCUGGGGAUUUUUCUGGGCCAUACUCGGGGCCUUCUUACUACCCUAGCCAGACUGUCUACACCCCCUCCCCCCAAAUCAUAGUGCCUACACCACAGCAACCUCCACCCACCAAGAGAGAGAAGAAGCCGAUACGUAUCCGCGACCCCAACCGGGGCGGUAAAGACAUCACAGAGGAGAUCAUGUCGGGAGGGUCCGGGAGCCGAAACUCAACCCCUCCAGCUGGGAGACCCUCCUCCACCCCAACGCCGCCGCAGCUGAGCGGCCAGACGCUGGAUCUGGGACACGUCCUGUACGGCACGGACCCUGGCCAGCUCGUAACUUCAGUCAUCGACUUGAAGCCAGUCGACGACAAGCCAAAACUGGACUGUGUCGUGCAGAAGCCCCCCUCGCCCGGAAUGGGGCUGCCGGAGCCGCCCCCUGAGAAGAGGGACCCCGACGUGCCACCCACAACGAGCGUAGAGCCCAUCUUCCCUAGCAUGGCUGCCACUUCUGUCGGUAGCCACAGUCAGCCGGCGUCCGUGGGGGAGCCGGCCGCUCCCGUUCCCGUUCCGUCUCCUCCCGCUGCCCCCGACCUCUCAGAGCCAGUGGGGCCGCUUCCAGAGCUGGUGCCAGUCGUGCCGGCUGUCAACGGUUUGAACGAUCGGGAUGUUGAUGUCGACCUCCGGAGCUCGGAGCUGGUGGUGUCUCCUGCCCUCCCCCAGGACCAGCCCCCACCAGAGGCCCUGUCACCCAGGGCAGACCCUGUCGAGACCCAGGUCGAGGGCAUCGCCAUCAGCUCGAGCUCCGCAGCACCCCCUGCCGCAGCUGUCCUGCCGGCUGCCCUGACCGCCGCUGUCGCUGCUACCUGUACCGCUGCUGCUCCCCCGCCCCCGCCCGGCCUGCUGCCCCCUGUCCAGGCCGAGCCUCCCUCCGUUGUCACGGAAACCAGCGAGGCAGACAUGGUGCUCAAUGACAAAACCGACCCUGUGCAACUACCCAACUCUAGGAAAAGCCCCACUACAGCUCUACCUGCUCAGACUGUACCAAAGACCUGGGCGAGGCCGAGGGAGGCUCCCGCUGCAGGAGACGCGCCGGACGAGGAUACGGAGCCCAGCGAGGCCCAGCCACCUCAGGAAGCGCCCAAGCAGGACGUGACCCAUGGGCCGGCCCCGGAGGCAGAGCCCGAGCCAGAACCGGACGUGGUGCGCGCUGGCGCCCAGGACCCGGAGGUGGAGCACGUGGGCCUUCUGCCGGAGGAGAAUGGGGAGCGGGACCCGGAGGCCGAUCCCCUGGGGAAUGGGGCAGGGCACGCUUCGGAGACUGAGAGCAGCGACAGCGGGGUCACCUCAGGGCUUCCUCCGGACGUCUCGCAGGAAGAGCCAGUGGAGGUGGACGGGAAGAGGCAGUACGGCAGGGACUUCCUUCUGGGCUUCCAGUUCAUGCCAGCCUGUGUGAAGAAGCCAGAGGGGCUCCCCCCCAUCUCUGACGUGGUGCUGGAUAAGAUAAACCAAAGCAAGCAGUCGUCACGGCCGGCAGAUCUACGCGUCAUCUCACGGGGCCCCGACUUCACCCCAGCCUUCGCCGACUUCGGCAGACAGGGUUCCGGCGGAAGGGGAACGCCGCUGAUGAACGUGAAUCUGAGACGGCCUCUGCCACGCAAGAUUAUCACCAACGUGUCUGUGAACGAUGAGGUGCAGCUGAAGAAGGCGGAGAACGCAUGGAGGCCUGGCAUGAAGAGGAAGGGGCCCAUGGACGACCCGGAGUGCCAGAGGACGCAGGAUCUCUUCCGCAAGGUGCGCAGCAUUCUGAACAAGCUGACGCCCCAGAUGUUUAAUCAGCUGAUGAAGCAGGUGACGGACCUCACCAUCGACACAGAGGAGCGGCUGAAGGGUGUUAUCGACCUGGUCUUCGAGAAGGCCGUUGACGAGCCCAGCUUCUCGGUCGCUUAUGGCAACAUGUGCCGCUGCCUCGCCACGCUCAAAGUGCCAAUGGCCGACAAGCCCAACAGCAGCGUAAAUUUCCGUAAGCUCCUGCUCAACCGCUGCCAGAAGGAGUUCGAGAAGGACAAGGUGGACGACGAUGUGUUCGAGCUGAAGCAGAAGGAACUUGAGGAGUCUACCUCAACCAGUGAGAGGGAGCGGCUGCAGGAGGAGCUGGAGGAGGCCAAGGACAAGGCUCGCCGGCGCUCCAUCGGCAACAUUAAGUUCAUCGGGGAACUCUUCAAGCUGAAGAUGCUGACGGAGGCCAUCAUGCACGACUGCGUGGUCAAGCUGCUGAAGAACCACGACGAGGAGUCGCUGGAGUGCCUCUGCCGGCUGCUCACCACCAUAGGCAAGGACCUGGACUUCGAGAAGGCCAAGCCACGCAUGGACCAGUACUUCAACCAGAUGGAGAAAAUAGUGAAGGAGAGGAAGACCUCCUCACGCAUCCGCUUCAUGCUGCAGGAUGUCAUCGAUCUGAGGCUGAAUAACUGGGUAUCGCGAAGGGCAGACCAGGGCCCAAAGACCAUCGAGCAGAUCCACAAAGAGGCCAAAAUUGAGGAGCAGGAGGAGCAGCGCAAGGUUCACCAGCAGCUCCUGUCUAAGGACAACAAGAGGAGGCCAGUGGCUCAGAGGGACGAGACCUGGAAUACUGUACCCAUGACCAAGAACAGCAGGACCAUAGACCCCACCAAGAUCCCCAAAAUCUCCAAGCCAACGAUAGAUGACAAGAUCCAGUUGGGGCCGCGAGCUCCGCUCAGCUGGGUGAAGGGCAGCAGCGGAGGAGCGGGAGCCAAAGCCACAGAAUCAGAGUCACGCUCCAGCGCGAGCAGCCUGAACCGGUACUCCCUGCCCCAGGCUGCCGUCCCGCCGUCCAGCACCUCACCCUCGCUCACGCCAGACCUCGACGCCCGCAGGAGCCUCAGCAGCCGCAGCUCUGCACGCGAACGCAGCGACAAGGUGUCGAGUCCGGCAGCAACAGCGGCUGCACGGGUCACCCCCUUCCCCCGGGGCAGUGGUGGCAAGGAGCCGGCAGAGAGCCAGGUCCCGGAGGAGCCGUGCAGGGAUGCGGCGGCCGCCCCCAGGCAACCUGCUGUAACUACUGCGGGGGAGAAGGCUGAAGUGGAGAGUGGAAGACCCAGGGAAGCAGUGAAACCUGAGAAUUCUCCAGACAAGGCUCUCCUGUCAGAGGAGGAGAUGGAGAGAAGAUGCAGGUCGAUCAUUGAUGAGUUUUUGCACAUUAAUGAUUACAAGGAGGCGCUGCAGUGUGUCACUGAGCUGGAGCAGGGUCCUCAGCUCCAUGUCUUUGUGAGGGUGGGUGUGGAGUCCACGCUGGAGCGCAGCUACAUCACCCGUGAUCACAUGGGCCAGCUCUUCUUCCAGCUGGUCCAGGCAGGCGCCCUCCCCAAGGUCCACUUCUUCAAAGGGUUUGCCGAAACCCUGGAGGUGGCAGACGACAUGGCCAUCGACAUCCCCCACAUUUGGCUGUACCUGGCCGAGCUGCUCAACCCCAUGUUCCGAGCCGGCGCCAUUUCCCUGAGGGAGGUGUUUAGUGAAUUUAGCAGACAUUUGCUUCCUGUGGGAAGAGCUGGGAUAUUAUUUUCUGAAAUAUUGCACCUUCUAUGCAAACAAAUGAGCCAUAAAAAGGUGGGAUCCCUGUGGAGGGAAUCUAGCCUGAGCUGGGCGGAGCUCUUGCCCGAGGGAGAGGAGGUUCACGACUUCAUUGCUGACCACAAACUAGAAUUCACCAUCUCGGACUGUUCCAGUCCCACAGAAGCCCUGUCGAAGCGAGAGCUUUCGGCCGAGGAACUCAGUCUGCGACUUGAAAAACUGCUCAUUGAGGACAUGGCGGGCGACGAGCAAAUCUUUGACUGGGUAGAGGCAAAUUUGGAUGAGUCUCAGAUGAGUUCGCCUGCAUUCCUUCGAGCUUUAAUGACAGCCGUGUGCAAGGCUGCAGUGAAAGGGGAGAGCACUUCCUGCAGAGUGGACACUACUAUUAUUCAGAAGAGAUUGCCUGUGUUACUCAAGUACCUUAACUCGGAUACCGAACGGCAACUUCAAGCACUUUAUGCACUUCAAGCAUUGAUAGUCAAACUUGAUCAGCCUCCCAACUUGCUCCGGAUGUUCUUUGACUGUCUUUACGAUGAGGACGUGAUAUCGGAGGACGCUUUCUACAAAUGGGAGACUAGCAAGGACCCUGCGGAGGAACUGGGAAAGGGCGUGGCCCUCAAGUCAGUCACGGCCUUUUUCACCUGGCUGCGGGAAGCGGAGGAGGAAUCAGAGGACAACUGAUGCAGAGAGCAAGUCUUCAGCCAUGAACGCGGAAACCUGUCAACGGGAAACAAAAAUAUGCAGAGAACCGAGGGCUUGGUGGUCAUUAAUCGUAUGGUACGGCUCUAAGGUGAUCAGCAGCUCGCUUGACGUGGAUUGGCUGGAGCAUCAUAUACAUGUAUUAUUUAUAGAGAAUAUUUCAUUUAAGAUUUUUUUAAAACCUUUUUUGUUUACUUUUUAAGAAAGACUUUGAAAAUACAAUUUCUGUGCAUCAAAGAUAAUAAAACAUAGAUUCUGAACUCUUUAAUUUAUUAUUUUUUUAAAGACUGCAAAUAAGGACUUGUAACUUUUUGCAGAUGCUGAGAGGAUGGACAGGCCUCAAAAAUGAUUGAAAAAUAAUACUGGAGAUUAGAAAAACGAGAAUUGUUACGGAUCAGCCUCCCCAGUCACAAGCUGUUUGGUUAGGAACAAAUUGAGCUGCUGUUGCAGUGAAGGCGGAGGAAGGCGAGGUUAGCAGUUAGCAGCCAAAACACCUUCCGCUUCUACUACGCUUUGCUCUUUGUGAAAUGUGUAUAUUCCUCCAAACAGGCAGAAAAGGCGUCCUGGAAACAAAACGACUGCAAAUGAACAACCCAUGUUACUUACAACGGAAAUGAGUGUAUAGCAACUUGUAAAAAAAAUAAUUAAUAAAAAAAAUUAAAAAAUGAAAACAAACACUAUCAAGUAAGGUUGCUGAACCUGAAGUGUUUAUCGGUCUUCAGAAUUAAAGCAAAUUUAAAGCUUGUAAAUACAUUAAAGAGAAAACCAAUAUUUAAAAAACAA